AAUUUUAGAAAUUUAUUUUUUAAACCACAUUUUUCAGACAUAACAUCACUAGUCAUUGGGCAGCUCCUACUACAAAGCAGUAGCUCUCACCCCUACCCACCUACAGGUGGGAUUUUCUGGAGAGCUGAGCAUUGCCCAGUCCUAUCGCACAGAAAGUUUUUGCUGCUAUUUAAUGGAGAAGUUUCCCUCUCUCAUUUUGCUGGAUGCUGCCAAGCAUGGAUUUGCAGCGGUUUGAGCUGGGAGCCCCGUUCCCGUGCGGUGGAGCAGGUCCAUCUGCGCUGCACCGAGGGCUCCCUGGAAUGGAUGUACCCAGCACGAGCCCUGCGUGUCGUUCUGGAGCCCAACCUCUCCAGUGCCAGACACACCACUGUCUGCAUCAAGCCUGCCAGUGACUUCCAAGGUGCCAGCAUCUACGUGGAACGUGCUGGGCAGCUGCAUCUGGUGGUAAGCGAGGCAGAAGGGGCUCGACCCCACCACGUGUCUUGCUUCAGUGCCCACACACCGCAACGAGUGGCCCUCUUCCUGCAGGCCAGUCCGCAGAGGGACAUCAGCCGCCGGACAGCCAGCUUCCAGUAUGAGCUGCUGAGCAACCAGAGCCCUGCUGGCCCUGACUUCAAAAAGAUGGCACUGGUCGAAGCUAUGUGCCGUCCUUGUGACAAUGUGGAACUUCUUAUGGCCAUUUGCAGCAGUGAUUUUGUGGUGAAAGGAUCUAUCCGAAAUGUUUCCCACGAUUCAGAGAACCACAUGUCACAGGUUGAUGUCAGCAUCCAGAAAGUCUACAGACAGAAAAACAGGAUUUUCCAGCAGGAUGAAGCAAGUGGUGAAUGGAGAGGUCCUAUACGAACCCUGCUGCAAUGCAAGGUGAAGAAGGGAGGUGGAGAUUUCCUUUUCACUGGAAAUGAACAUUUUGGUGAAGCUUGGUUGGGCUGUGCUCCUCGGUUUAAGGAUUUCAUGUUCAUUUACCGGGCUGCCAGAGAAAGAGGAGCCAACCCAUGUGAGUUUCAGCUCAACUGACAGGAGUGACACUGGAGCUGAGAGUUGAAAAAUUUCAGCCCUGUUUUUGGAUACCGAGUCUGAAGUAGAGUUAAAACCAAGGACUAAAGCUAACAGUUUCACCAAAACUGGGGCCUGGAGAAUUCCCUGAAGAUAAUGGCUCUGUGAGCCCUGUAAACUCUGACUUUUAAUCCACAUCUUCAUUAGUUGCAUUAAUUUCCCCUUCUUCACAUCUUCUUUGCCUCACAAAAUAACUGAAUUUUUUAAAGGUUAUCCGUUUUUUUUUGUGGUUAGAAAGCAGCUUGUGUUCAGUAUUACAAAAUUCUCUCUAACAUCUUUUGCUCUGGGUACAUACUACAUGCUUUUUCUCUAGAUUUUUAUUCUCUCUUCCCGCAUCUCUACUUGAUUUUCCUUCCGAAUGGCUUUUUUGGAUGAAUGCUAACUAUAAUCUUAGCCAUAGUUACUAAACCUUCAGGCAAUUGGCAGGUUUGGCAACUUUUUUCCCUUCUGUAUGUUAGCAGAUUAACUAAACCUCUGGGGUAGAAUCAGAGCUGAUAGAAUUCUGCAGUGUAGUGUCUGCACAGUUGACAGUGUCUGAUGUUGUUCCCCGUGCAAACAGGCAAAUGAGGGUUACUGCACCUUAGUUAAUACAAACACUAGCACUGUAUGCCUACCAGAUGAGAAAAGGUGUUUGGGAAAUGCAUUUAAAUAAUCAGAAGUUUUGGUUGUAGCAUUGUCUGUCUGAGAAUGUAAUAUUUGGUAUUCAUAGCACUGGGCCCACAACUAGAUCUAGUUGUUUAGUGCACAGCAGGAAAGACCUAAGUGAACGGGCCAUUGUAAAGUAUUGGAGGAUUGUCCUGAUUUUGGCUGGGAUAGAGUUAAUUUUCUUCCCAGUAGCUGGUACAGAGUUGUGGUUUGGAUUUAGUAUGAGAAUAAAGUUGAUAACAGUGUUUUCAGUUGUAGCUAAGUAGUGUUUAUAUGAAGUCAAGGACUUUUCAGCUUCUCAUGCCCUGCUGCUAGGAAGGCUGAAGGGGCACAAGCAGUUGGGAGGGGACCCAGCCAGGACAGCUGACCCCAACUGACCAAAGGGCUAUUCCAUACCAUAUGACAUCAUGCCCAGUAUAUAAACUGGGGGGAAAGCUGGCCAGGGACCACUGCUCAGGAACUGGCUGAGCAUUGAUUGGCAAGUGGUGAGCAACUGCAUUGUGCAUCACUUGUUUUGUAUAUUCUAUUUCUUUAAUUAUUAUCAUAUUAUUAUUUUCUUAA